AUGCGGUGCGUUGGGGGUGUGGCCAGCCUCCUGGUGCUCAGCUCCGUCCUCCUGCGGUGUGGGGAGGCCAGCUGCCCCUCCCCCUGCCUCUGUGCCUCCGAUAUCCUGAGCUGUGGGGGGCGGAGCCUGGAGACGAUCCCCGCCCCCCUGCCCCCGCCCACCGCCACCCUGGACCUGAGUCACAACCGGCUGGAGCGGCUGGAGCCGGGGGGGGUGUUUGGGCUGCCCCGCCUGCGGGUGCUGCUCCUGUCCCACAACCAGCUGCGGGCGCUGGGCGGCGGAGCCUUCCGGAACGCCAGCGCGCUGCGGGUGCUGGACCUGAGCUGCAACGCGCUGCGCGUGCUGGACGGCCGCAGCCUGCAGGGGCUGCCCGCGCUGCAGGAGCUGCUGCUCUUCAGCAACCGGCUGGCCCGCGUGGAGAGCCACGCCCUGUUGCCGCUGCCCGCCCUGCGCCACGCCUACCUCAGCCACAACCGCCUCACCAGCUUCCCCUUCUUCUCCCUGCGCCACGCCCACCCCGGCCUGCUCACGCUCGACCUCUCCUCCAACCGGCUGCGGGCGCUGCCGCUGGCGGAGGUGGCGGCGCUGCCCGUGGCGCUGCGCGGCGGCCUGUUCCUGCACAACAACACGCUGGGCUGCCAGUGCGGCCUGCACCGCCUGCUGCGCGGCUGGGAGGGGCGGGGCUACGGCUCCGUGCGCCAUCACCGCGACGACCACACCUGCCUGCCACUCGGCGAGCCGCGCGCCCCGGUGCGGCUCCUCGGCCACGCCCCCUUCUUCCACAACUGCAGCGAGCCGGCGGCCGGCGAGGGUGGCGGGGCCAGGGCAGGGCUGCGGGCGAAGGUGGGCCAGCCCCUCCUGCUGCACUGUCUGACCGCGCUCAGGGGGCAGCACCUGGCCUACCUGUGGGUGUCGCCCCAGCAGGAGCACCUGGCCCCGCCCGGUAACGGCAGCCGGCAGGUGUUUGGCAACGGCACGCUGCGGAUGGGCGCGGUGCGGUCGGAGGACUCGGGCGUGUACCUGUGCGUGGCGCGGGACCCCGGGCGGCAGCAGAACGACACCUGGGAGGUGAACGUGACGCCCUUUAACGCAGGCUUCACCACGCUCCUGGGCUGCGGGGUCAGCCUGCUGCUGGUGCUCAUGUACCUGUUCCUCACACCCUGCCGCUGCUUCCGCCACCGCCACGCCCGCCCCCCCGCCCCGCCUCCCGCCGACGAUGACCCCGCCCCCAGCCCUGCCCUACCGGCCCGGGAGGGGCCCGGACGCAGGCUGGGGAACAGUAAGCAUGUGAUGUUUCUGGAGCCCAUCAGGCGAGUGCAAAACGGCUCCUCCCCAACGCCGCCCACGGGACCCCCCAAACACCCCCAGCAGAGGGACCACCCUGAGCCCAUCAGCACAGACUCCUCUGCACCAUAGCAACAGCCAAGCAAACCCCGCAUGGGGGGUCCAUCCAGCAGCAAAUCACACAGGCACUGCUGGG